AUGCAGGACGUCAGCCCAACCAUGGCAAUGACGAUUGACUGCGACAAGUUGUUGUCGAUGCAGUCAGGGUGCUUGACCCCACUGCCUCCUUCCGUGAGCGCUUUUCACUUCAGCGGAAACGAGAGCAACGAGGAAGAUGCCGCGACGCCCACGAGGGACGCAGGCACCGUGCCGAUCGCGGGGGCCUUGCGCGAGAAACUGGUGCAGCUGGCUGAAAAGCAGUUGACAGAGGCGCCUCUAGGCCGCAAUUUCGUCAAGGUGCCCCUUCCGAGUCACAGUGCCCCGCCGCCCGCCCCUCACGCUGUUCCCAUUCCUCGAGAUUCCCGGGAAAAGCAGUUCACCGUGAUCUCCAAAGGGUCUGUUGGUCAUCCCUUCAACUGUGCAGCGGCCUGCAAGUACGUCAAGCGCAAGGGCGGCUGCCGAGAUGGCGCCGAGUGCCCGAAUUGUCACCAAUGCUUUUGGUCGAAGACAACCAAAGACGAGAAGAAGGCGGCAGCUGCAAGCGUGGAAGAGCAGCUGGCGGAGAAGUUUUUGAGACUCUUGCACGAGGAGCAGACCAUGCCUGUUGCCAGAUUCGAUGCUGUUCCCGAGUACCUUUCGAUGGCGCCCAACGUGGGGUUGGGCGUCCAGUUCGAUGCUGGGCAGUUUCCAGGAGAUGACGCAGGCGCGCAGCAAAGCCAGCCGGUGAACCCUGGAUCUCUGGGCCAUCCGUAUUGCUGCGGACCUGCGUGCAAAUACGUGCUGAAGACUCGUGGAUGCAAGGAUGGCGAUCUCUGCACGCACUGCCACCUCUGCCGCUGGACCAGGUAUGCUGCAAAGCACCACUUCAAGAUCUGA